AUGGAUCGCCGGAGAAGAAGACCAGAAGAUGAUGAUAGCAGUGACGACGAACACGCGGUACCGCCUUCGUCACCCCAGGCUCCCUUAGUAGGAAGAUCCUCGCCUUUGGGCUCCCCAGAAGAGAUUGAUUUCGAAAAUCCAGAUGGAGAAGAGGUGGAUCAAAACCAAGAUCUAGACGAGAUAGAAGAGCAAUUAGAUGAGGAAGACUUGAUGGGUGAUGACAUGUAUCAGGAUUAUGGGUCUGACGCGAGACGGGACGUUUACGAAGACGCUGGAGUGGAUGAUCGGGAUCAAAGCGAGUUGGAUAUUUCUGCUAGACGGAGAAUCGACGCACAACUGAACGAAAGAGACCGACUUCUGCGAAAUGAAGCGUACAUGGACGACGACGAAGACAUGGACAAUGCGAACCUCGAUGAAAUGGGAAUGCCCAUCCAAAGACGUCGCAGAAGGCGACAAUACGAAGAUGACGACGAUCUACUUUCGGAUAUAGACAUAGAUCCGUUGGCAGAAGAACUUACACUUGAAUCGCUAAGUGACGUGAAGGCAUCGAGCUAUACCGAAUGGAUCACUCAACCGAAUGUGGCACGAACCAUUGCUCGUGAAUUAAAAUCUUUUCUGCUGGAAUACACCGAUGAAUCCGGAAGAUCUGUAUAUGGUGCUAGAAUCAGAACUCUUGGUGAAGUCAACUCGGAGUCUUUGGAAGUCAAUUAUCGGCACCUGGCAGAAUCCAAAGCCAUUUUAGCGCUGUUUUUGGCCAAAUGCCCUGAAGAGAUGCUUAAAAUCUUCGAUGUGGUGGCGAUGGACGCUAUUCAAUUGCAUUAUCCAGAUUACGCAAGAAUUCAUGCCGAGAUUCACGUUCGAAUUUCUGAUUUCCCAACAGUAUUAAACUUGCGAGACCUGAGAGAAGCCAAUCUCAAUUCUUUGGUGCGCGUAAGCGGUGUUGUUACGAGAAGAACAGGUGUGUUCCCUCAAUUGAAAUACGUUAAGUUCAAUUGCUUGAAAUGUGGUGCAGUUUUGGGUCCUUACUUUCAAGACUCUAACGAGGAAAUAAAAAUCUCGUUUUGCACAAACUGCAGGUCGCGCGGACCUUUUAGGACAAAUGUUGAAAAGACCUUGUACAGAAAUUACCAGCGCAUAACUUUGCAGGAGGCUCCUGGUACAGUACCGGCGGGAAGACUACCAAGACAUCGCGAAGUCAUAUUAUUAUGGGACCUUGUGGAUAUUGCCAAACCAGGUGGGGAAGUCGAGGUCACUGGUGUUUACAAAAACACCUAUGAUGGUAACCUCAAUGCGAGAAAUGGAUUCCCAGUGUUUGCCACUGUUAUCGAAGCAAAUUCUGUCAAGAGAAAGGAAGGUGGACAAAGGUAUGGUGAUGACGAGGAAGGACUGGACGUCUUUGGCUGGACCGAAGAAGAGGAGCGAGAAUUCAGACGCAUCUCCAGUGACCGUGGGGUGGUGGAUAAAAUCAUAUCCUCAAUGGCACCUUCAAUUUACGGACACAAAGAUAUCAAGACCGCUGUGGCAUGCUCAUUAUUCGCUGGUGUUCCAAAAAAUGUUAAUGGUAAGCACUCAAUUCGUGGUGAUAUCAACGUGUUGCUUCUGGGUGACCCUGGUACUGCCAAAUCGCAGAUUCUGAAGUACGUCGAGAAAACGGCACAUAGGGCCGUCUUUGCAACCGGUCAAGGUGCAUCGGCAGUUGGUUUGACAGCAUCGGUGCGCAAAGACCCCAUCACAAAAGAAUGGACUCUGGAGGGUGGUGCUCUUGUGCUUGCGGAUAAAGGUGUGUGUUUGAUAGAUGAGUUCGAUAAAAUGAACGACCAGGACAGAACUUCCAUUCACGAAGCUAUGGAACAACAGAACAUAUCCAUUUCGAAAGCAGGUAUUGUAACGACGUUACAGGCGCGGUGUGCUAUUAUUGCGGCUGCUAAUCCGAACGGAGGUCGUUACAAUUCAUCUUUACCUCUAGCACAGAAUGUCGACUUAACUGAACCAAUUUUGUCUCGUUUCGACAUCCUGUGCGUUGUGAGAGACUUAGUCGAUGAGGAAAAAGACGAGAGGUUGGCCCGUUUUGUGGUGGAUUCCCAUGUCAGGUCUCAUCCUCUAGAUGAAAACUUCAACGGUGAGGAUGAGGGAGGGAUGGAUGGUGGUGAAGAACCUGUUUCCGCAAGACAAAGACGUUUACAGAGGGAAAGAAAGCGAGAGGGAGAAAUUUCUCCUAUUCCACAGGAAACCUUGAUGAAGUAUAUCCACUAUGCAAGAACCAAAGUCUUUCCCAAGCUACAUCAGAUGGACAUGGACAAAGUCAGCAGAGUUUAUGCGGAUCUUAGACGUGAAAGUAUAACAACGGGAUCAUUCCCUAUUACUGUGCGUCACUUAGAGUCCAUUCUUAGGAUAGCGGAAUCUUUUGCCAAGAUGAGACUUUCUGAGUUUGUAUCAUCUUGGGAUCUUGAUAGAGCUAUUAAGGUGACUGUGGACAGCUUCGUUGGUGCUCAAAAAAUCAGUGUCCGCAGACAGUUACAAAGGUCGUUUGCCAUUUACACUCUCGGCCAGAACUAA